GAAAGGAUCUCCCGAUCUCUCUCUCUCUCUCUCUCUCUCUCUCUACCGCCUCCACCCCAUCAGCAGCACCAUCCUCCCCCUCACGACAGUCUCAGUCUCAGCAGCAGAAGAAGCAUCGUCCUCCUCCACCCUCUCCAGGCAACAGCAGCAGCAUCAGCACCAUCAUCAUCAUCCGGCGGUGAGAUACGGAGGAGACGCAUCCGAGUGAUGCCACUGCACCAACCGCAUCUCGUCACCGCGAACACACGCCGAGAAUAAAGCGCUUCUUCUGCGAGGAGGGAGAAACACAUUCGCCUGGAGACAUUCACUGCCCAUGAAGAUGUCUAACGCCGACAUGGUCUUGAACUCCACCGAUCGGGUAGUGAAAUCCGUUCCCUUCCCCCUGAGCCACCGCCUCACCAUGAAGGAGGUGUUUGACUGUGAGGGGAAGCCGAGGGUGGAUCUACUAAAAGCCCACCUCACUAAAGAGGGCAGAGUGGAGGAGACCGUGGCCCUGCGAAUCAUCAAUGAAGGGGCUUCCAUCCUACGCCAGGAGAAGACCAUGCUGGACAUAGAGGCACCUGUCACUGUGUGUGGUGACAUCCAUGGGCAGUUCUUUGACCUGAUGAAGCUGUUCGAGGUCGGUGGAUCUCCAGCCACGACACGAUACCUCUUCCUGGGAGAUUAUGUGGACCGGGGCUACUUCAGUAUCGAGUGUGUUCUGUACCUGUGGUCGCUGAAAAUCCUCUACCCAAAGACACUAUUUUUACUGAGAGGAAAUCAUGAAUGUAGACAUUUGACAGAAUAUUUCACCUUCAAACAAGAAUGUAAAAUCAAGUAUUCAGAGCAGGUUUACGAUUCCUGUAUGGACGCGUUUGACUGUCUGCCUUUGGCCGCUCUCAUGAACCAACAGUUCCUGUGUGUCCACGGUGGCCUGUCCCCAGAAAUACAGACCUUAGACGACAUAAAGAAGUUGGACCGGUUCAAGGAGCCCCCAGCAUUCGGGCCUAUGUGUGAUUUGCUGUGGUCUGAUCCUCUGGAGGACUUCGGCAAUGAAAAGAGCCAAGAAUACUUUAGCCACAACACAGUCAGAGGCUGCUCAUACUUCUACAGUUAUCCGGCUGUCUGUGACUUCCUACAGAAUAAUAACUUGUUAUCAAUCAUUCGAGCGCACGAAGCACAAGAUGCAGGGUACCGGAUGUACAGGAAGAGUCAGACCACUGGCUUCCCUUCCCUAAUCACCAUCUUUUCUGCACCAAACUACCUUGAUGUUUACAAUAACAAAGCUGCCGUUCUGAAGUAUGAGAACAAUGUAAUGAACAUCCGGCAGUUUAACUGCUCCCCUCAUCCUUACUGGCUGCCAAAUUUCAUGGACGUCUUCACCUGGUCGCUGCCAUUUGUGGGAGAGAAAGUGACGGAGAUGCUGGUGAAUGUGUUGAGCAUCUGUUCUGACGAUGAGCUGAUGAAUGAUGGAGAUGAAAUCUUUGAUGCAAAUGCAGCAGCUGCUCGGAAAGAGGUGAUUAGGAACAAGAUCCGUGCUAUUGGGAAAAUGGCCAAGAUGUUCUCCGUGCUCAGAGAGGAGAGUGAGAAUGUGUUGACCCUCAAGGGUCUGACCCCAACCGGGAUGCUGCCCAGCGGAGUGCUUUCUGGAGGCAAACAGACUCUUCAGAGUGCGACAAUCGAAGCCAUUGAAGCCAUCGAGACAGAAGAAGACACAGAAGCCAUCCGUGGCUUUUCUCCACAGCACAAGAUCAGCAGCUUCGAGGAGGCUAAAGGUCUGGACCGCAUCAAUGAGCGCAUGCCACCCCGCAAGGACGGGGUCAACCACGUGGGCCACUCUAUGGGCAAGAUGAACAUGUCUGAGACCAACGGCACCGACGACAACAGCAACAUCCAGUGAUGAAGCAGCUGCCGCUCACCUGCACCUGUGUCCAUGCCAUCGCUCGACGCCUGGCAGGACAACGCCAAAACCCGUGAUUUAAGGCCUCCUGCUUCCAACAAACACCCAACGACAUCACCUACACAUCCCUCCCUGCUCCAAAGUCCAAAUUAGGCAACCAAACUAUCUUAAGCGCAUAACUGAAAAAUAUUGAGGCGGACUGUUUUCUUGCUGUCGGUUUGCCGCAAUUUUUCCAAGCGACAGCAAGUUUCUGCCUUUUUCGGGAGUGUCGAACGGAGGGGUGGGGGGUGCUUUGCCUGUCAAAGGGCUGAAAGUGUCUUUAUUAGAGAAGGGGCGGUCUUUGUUCCUUUAAGGCUCCGCCCAUGCAUCAAAGUGGGCGUGGUUUAGGAACUUGUUUUAAAAGCCUGUUCCACCCAGGUUCCAUGCACACUUUUUUUUCCCUCUUUUGAUUCCGAGUUUUUCUUCAUGCUCCCAUCUCACUGUUGACGAUGUUUUGCUACUAGUAUUAAUAAAUAUACAAAUUUGAAAUGAUAAAAACAAAUGCGAAAAAAAAAAAUGUUUGCAAGAAUGGACAUUUAACGAUGACACCUGUACAUUUUAUUACUGGCGAUGCAAUCUUACCUGGGGGUUUUUAGUUUCUUAAUUUGAUUUUCGGUAAGAUGCCAUGAAGCAGUAGAGGAGCAAAGCGGUUCUGCUUGUCCGCUGUAGACUCUCGAUCAAAGCCACCGUUCGGAUGGAGGAAAAACUGCAGUUGGAGCUCGAGCUCGACCGUUGGCGCCACCUUCCUGAUUGUUUCUCACUUGCCUGUAUCUCAAGAGAGAGAAUGCACAUAGUACAUUUCGCAAGUCAAAUAAAUUAUAUAUAUAUAUAUAUAUA